AUGUAUGUGACAUGGGUUGGUACAGUAAUGUUUUACUAUGUGAUUUUAGUGAAUGUCACUUUUUGUCAUUUUCAAAUUUCCCGCCGUUCCGUCCCCCGUACAUCCUGACACUCGCAGGGGACGGAACCCAGAUGACAGAUGCCGGCAUCCGCCGGAUUACAUUGCCGGGGACACUGCAGGACACUCACAUCGUGUGAGCGCAGGACAAGGUAAGUGAUCGAGGGAUCGUGGAGCAGCGCCGCAUGGUAAGCCCGAGUGUAGCUCGGGGUUACCGCUUGUGCUACACUCGGGAAUACCGCCAGGGAGGCUAC